CGCCAUUUUACCCCCCCCUCGCAGCGUGUGAGCCUCAGCGCCGGAGCCGCGGCCGCUGUGGUGGCGGCGGGGGCUGGGGAGGGGGAAAGGGAGCGAGAGGCCGCCGCUUUCCGCCCCCCUCGUUCCUUGCCUCGGUCCAAGCAGCGCGUGAAGGGGAAGGGACGAGGUUCAGUUCCUGCCCCUCUCUUUCCCCUUUCCGAUAGCCGCACACGGGGUGGGGGGGAACUGGGCACCACCAAGCCAGGCUGCUCCUUCCCUCCCUCCCUCCUUCCUUCCUGCCUUCCUCCCCUGCACAUCACAGCCUCCUCUUCCAUCCAUCCAUCCAUCCUCGGGGGUGAGCCUUUGAAUGAGCAGCACUGUGGCUAGCCCGAUGUCAACGGUUGCCUCUUCAAGCAGUGGAAGAAAAUCGACAAGCUUUACGCCUGAGUUGCAAAGUAUGAUGUUUUCCUUGGGAGAUGCUCGCAGGCCUCUCCAUGAAACUGCGGUACUGGUGGAAGACAUUGUCCACACUCAGCUGAUAAAUUUGUUGCAGCAAGCAGCUGAAGUUUCUCAGUUGAGAGGAGCGAGAGUCAUCUCUGCUGAAGAUCUCCUGUUCUUAAUGCGCAAAGAUAAGAAGAAGCUUAGAAGGCUACUUAAAUACAUGUUUUUUCGAGACUAUAAAUCUAAAAUUGUCAAAGGAAUAGAAGAAGAUGACCUCCUUGAAGACAAAUUCAACAGCAGUAACACCAACAAAAGACAGAAGCUUGCUCAAGACUUCCUCAACUCCAUUGACCAGACUGGAGAGCUCUUAGCCAUGUUUGAGGAUGACGAGAUUGAUGAUGUCAAGCAAGAGCGGAUGGAGAGAGCAGAAAGACAAACACGAAUGAUGGACUCGGUCCAGUAUGCAGAAUUCUGUGAGAGUCGGCAAUUGAGUUUUUCAAAGAAAGCAUCCAAGUUUCGUGACUGGUUGGACUGUAGCAGUAUGGAAAUAAAGCCAAAUGCAGUUGCAAUGGAGAUUUUGGCAUAUUUAGCAUAUGAGACUGUGGCACAGUUGGUGGACUUGGCCCUUCUGGUUAAGCAGGACAUGGCUCCCAAAGCUGGUGAUCCAUUCAGUCAUGCCAUAUCUGCCACCUUCAUACAGUAUCACAAUUCUACUGAGCCACAUCUCUUAGGGCAAUCUACAAGUGUGAAGACCAGUCUUGACUCUCCUGAAAACACGCCACCUCCUACACCCACACCCCCGGCGUCAGCAGGACAGCAACACCUUGGAAAAACCCCAUCAGGAGCCCUGGGGAAUGGUGGAUUUGGACAGGACGCUGCCAAAUCCAAACAAAGGAAAAGAAAAAAGAGCACUGCAGCCUGUGGUAUAGAGGCUCAAAGCGAUGCCAUCCAGCCCAGCCACAUCAGAGAGGCCAUUCGACGCUAUGGCCACAAGAUUGGCCCCCUUUCCCCAUUCACAAGUGCCUACCGCAGAAAUGGGAUGACUUUUCUCGCCUGCUAAUAUGGAUGUGACUGCAGCAGCAGGAAAGACAGUGUUAUAUUAAGGUGAUUUUCUUUUCCUUCAUGGAAGGAAAAAAAAUAACAAGCUCCAAUGUCUCUGUGUACCAGUGAGUGGGCUGGUUUGUUGUGACUAUCUGCUGGCUGACUCUGUCUCUUUUUCCAGCCCCCUCAAUCGUUCUUCUUGUUUACUAGCUGGAACAUUUAGCUAGUUAAUGGCAGGAUGUUUGGGAUAGGGUGUAGGUGGACAAGAAUGCAGAUCAGACAAUGCUGAAGUUUGCAGGGGACUUGCUGCUGUCAGCCUCUUAGUGAAAUGCAAUGUCAUUUUUAUUUAAGUCUUUGAAAGUCUGUAUGUUCUAGAGACAUUUUUUUUUUGUAAAGCAGCAUGGGGCAGAAAGACGCCAGAGAUAGCCUGGGUUAUAUAGGUUUUAUAGAUUAUUAAAAGAUUACCUAUGCUUUCCUUGUGAUUUUUUCUAAAAGAAAAACUGUUUUCCACAAUUUUCCACUAUUUUCCACUGAUUUCUCUCAACUAAUUUUUAAGUGUUCAGACAGGGUAAUCCAGUUUAAUCCAAUGAGGAGCUUUUUUAUGAGAGUAAUAGCUAGUUCAGAUCCAAAGAUAUUCAGAAAAAAAGUUCAGAUUAACUGUACUUUACCAGUUAGAGACUUUUCUUUUUGCAGACCCAAGGAUAGGCUAAAUCAGCCCCAAAUUCUAAGUAUUUAAGUCUCCUAAGGCUCGAGCUAUCACUGUCUGAAAUCAAGGAAAGCCUUUGAAGUGAUUGGCACUGGAUUGGGCCCCUAUUCAGAAAAAUGCAUCCUAAAGUACUUAAAUAGCUGUGUCUGUCUCGGUGGUUGUAAGGCAAAGGCUUAACGCUAUGUACUUGCUCAGCGUUUGCUGCAGGAAGCAGAUGUUGUCUCUGUUGUUGACAAAGGCAGCAUUACUGUUGGAUUUGGUUAAAGAAGAAAUGGGCUCUUUUUUUGCCUUUUUUGUGUUUUAGUUCAUGUUGUUUAUUUUCAGAUUUAUUUUUUAAAUCUCAGUCCCUCCUUCUAUGCUUCUUCCCAUCCGCUGCUCCUCCAGCCUUCGCUGGCCUCACAAGCAGAUUCAUUUCUUUCAAUAAAAACUGUACAAAUAUAGAGCUAACCACGAUGAUGCUUGACCAGAGAAAAGGGCUCAUGCUUCAGCCCGUCAUCAGGAUUUACAAGCGUGACCUGCUUGUAUCCCUGUGGUACCCCUUCGGCCCAGGGGUCUGCUCCAGCCACUCUAAGCCCAGCCUUGAAAUCUAACUUAAACCUCAAAUUAAUACAGAGCGCUCAAGAGAUCGUGAGGAGAUCAGCAAAAUAUCACUUUUAUAUAGUUCAGCCAUCCUCAUCCUUUGUGCUUAGUAUGUGAGGUCUUAAUUUUUACUCCCACUGUAUGCUCUUGUAGUAAUUUGUAAGUGGUUUCGUUGCCCUCCUUUCCUGGACCUGCUUGCAAAACCUUUAAAAAUACAUAUAUAUUUUAAAUAAACAGAAAAAUGCCUCUUUUUGCAACCAAAA